AAAAAGGAUCAGAUUGUUUAUUGCUUCUCAGACCAUUUUCGAGCAUUCAAGUUUAAACAACGGAAGUCUCCGGGCCCCUUUUAACUUGACUCUGACUCGCCGGCCCUUCUCCCCGCCGAGGCUCUGGUGCCAGACACAGGCACGUCGCAGCUCCCGCUCCACCGGGCAGAACCCCCCCCGCCAGCCCCCACCCCCCGCGGACACCGCCUUCCCGGGGCGCCCGCCCGUCCCUCUGCCCCGGCCCCGCCGCUCCCGCACCCCGCCCGCCGCUGCACGGCACGGCACGGCACGGCACGGCACCGGACCAGGCGCGACAGCCGCUCCGGACACGGGACCCAUCCCCGCUGCCCCGGGGCUACAGCGACCCGCGGGCCGGGCAUUACCCCAUGGCUGCCCGCGCCGGGGACACGAAAGGCUCACGGCUGGCUAAAGGCGGCUUCAGGUUUGCAAAGCGAGCCCGACAGGGAGGGGGGCCGGUGCCUCGAGGGGUCGGUUCCUCGGGGGGCCCGAGGGCUCCCGCCCGGGGAUGAUGCGGCCGGUCCUCGCCCUUCUCCGUCGUCCCCUAAAACAUCUCGGCACAGCCUCGGGGCUCCCGCCCUGCGCGAUCGCUGAAGCAGCCCCGAGCUCCGCGCUGGCACCGCGGCGACUGCCCCGACGGCAGCCCCAGGACCGGUACCGGCCCGGGGAGGUACCAGGAGCGACAAGGAGCAGCUCCGCGUCCCGACCCGGACGCUGCAACAACCGGGAUGCCGUCUUGGAAGUCAAACGCUUCCCCCGACAGGGCCGGGAGGAGCGGAGCGCUGGCAGCGGGGCCGGACACGGAACCUGCCCAGGCACACGGGGACCCCCAUGCGCCGCUCCCCGACACUGCUCGGGGGCUGCAGCGCGGGGGCGAAGCCUGCCCGCGCCGUGCGGGUCAAACAUCCCCGGCCGCGGGAGAUGAGCCCGCCCAAGUCCCCGAUGCUGAGGUGGGUAAAUGGGGGCCGGUCUCCUGCAGGAGAAAGAGCCCGCCCGCCCCACGGGGGCUCAGUCCCGGCGAAGGUGCGAACGCCGAGGGCGUGCUGAGCGAGGGACGAGGCGAAGCGCGGUGUGCGCGGGGCAAGCCGCGACACCCAACAGCGCCCAACGCGCUGGGCUCUUUUCAUCUUGCUACUUCUUGAAGUAAUGACAGUAACAAAGGAGCGCCACGAAAGGUCCCGAGCCCAGAGGAGGUCGGAGACGCCGGUGCCCAUACGGGACAGCUGUGCGGUUGCCCGGCCCAGCACUCAGGCCGGGCGGCCGCGGAGGGCCGGGACAGCGGCGGGAGCGGAGCGCUGCCCCCGCUGCAAGGCGCGGCCGGCAGGGUCAAAGGCCCCUGUGCCGCUGCAAGGGCCCGGUGCCCCCCGAGCUGCCCCGCAGCACCCAGGCCGGCCGCGGCGCCCCGGGGAGCGGUGGCGCUCCGCUCCCAACAGGGGGCGGCCUCGCCCGGCGGCGCUGCCCUUCCGACGGCACCUCCGCGCCCCAGCCCCGCUGCCACCGCCGCUCCGCUCCGCUGCGCGCACUGCGCCGAGCAGCCAGGCGGAGGAGGCACCUGCGCCCGGGGCCGCGGCGAGCCCGGCCCUUCUGCACGCAGCAGCUGACAAGGUACCACCAGAAACAACACAAAAAAAAUCCAACAGUAAAAAAAAAUUAAAAAAAAAAAAAGAAAAAGAAAAAAGCAGACUGCCCAGCAGCACGGAGCACUGGAGAUCAGGAGUGUGAGGCACCGUGUUCAACUUUGUAGGGCCGCGGAGAUUGGGUUUUGGUAUUUAACGCACCCCAUGCGGAGCCCGCGCUCCUUGCCGAGAUGAAAAGAGAGGCUUUUACAGAUCCUGCACCGCGGGAUCGCCUCUGAUCCUGUUUUACACGGGGUGUCUGGAAAGCCUGCGAAGGCAUCUGGUUUUCUAGGAGCACUACCAGCGGGCAGGCGGCAUCCAGAGCCCGGCACCGGGGGGCUGUAAACCGCGGGAGGCGCAGCGGCUCCGCGGGGACCCCCCAGCCGCCCCCUGCUCCCCGCUGCGUCUUCACAGCCAUUUGGAGGAGCCAGACCACGUCUCACGUUUGCAGGGAAAGGCACUGCUCGGGUCCCGGCCCAGCUCUUCCCACCGGAGGCGCAGAGGGGCUAUUUUCCCGGGGGUGAAGGCACAUCGUGUCCUUCCCUCGGCGCCCGGGGACAGCCUCGCUCCUCGGCCCCGCUGAACUCCCCGUGACCCUCCGAGCGCAGCCCAUUUACCAUACAAUUGACAAUUAAAAACAAACAAACAACAAAAAGCCAACAGCCUUUCCAACAUGGAGU